UCGAUACACGUGAGUACUGUAACGAUGUAAAGCCUUGUCACAGCUACUGUCCCGACCACGGGUACCGUAGAUGCAGUCCAGUACAGAAACUGCAGGAAAGGGCAUUCUUCGGAAGUUCAUAAGCAAAAUCGGCAACUUGCCGUUGCAGUGUUUGUACGUCGAGUUGCCGGGCAAGGUCAGAGAAGUCGAGAGUUGGCAGGCCUAGCGUGUGAGACCAGAUUGUGAGUUGGUGACAUGGGGAAGGAUUCAAAAGCGAAGGAUGCUGGAGCAAAAGGCAAGGGUAAGGCCCCUGCCGCUGCAGAGGAUGCCGGAGGAAAGGGCAAGGGAAAGGCAGCGGCAAAGGGUGCCGAUCUUGGAACCUGUACUUAUGUAAAAGCUAGACAUAUUCUUUGUGAGAAGCAAGGAAAGAUCAACGAAGCCUACAAGAGAUUAGAGGAAGGAUGGCUCAGUAACGGUGAUAAGGUUCCGUCUGCGGAGUUUUCCAAGAUUGCAGCAGAGUAUUCAGAGUGUCCAUCAUCCAAGAAGGGUGGUGACCUUGGUUGGUUUCCGAGAGGGAAAAUGGCAGGUCCGUUUCAAGAUGUCGCAUUUGCUACACCGGUAGGGGCUACAAGUGCCCCGUUCAAGUCAACGCACGGCUACCAUAUCAUCCUUUCCGAAGGACGAAAGAAUUAGUCUGCCAAGUUGUUUACUAUAAGAGUGAUUAUUAGGGCCAUAGAAGACAGUACAUGUACAUGAGACCUGUUUGGAGACAGUUGUGGAUGAGGAUUUUAGCCUCAAAACAGUAAAGAAGUUGCUCAAAAGUUUUCACAGACUCUGAUCAACCAUUUUUUGGAGGAGCCGGGGUCAAGAGUGCGGGGCGAAAAGACAGAUUCUCCGUCUUCGGAGUGUAAAUUUGUUCUCUGAAGUGUUAUAUCUAAGUAUAUCCAAAAUCAAACUUCAAUAUGGGGUAAUAUGGCUUCUUCUUAGCUGCUCUGUCUUGAGCUACAAGGUUCCUGUCAGAUGUCAACCCAGUAUAUGUGUCGAAUCCGUUGGCAGUUGCGGAUAUUUUGAGCUCUAGGUAUUUUCUCUAAGUUGUUCUUAGACCACUUAAGAUGUGUCUUUGGGUAGCGAUUUCGUUUUGAGUUAAGAGUUUUUGUAUGUUUAUGUUGAAAUAGUUACUUGGAGAAGAGAGAAUGUGUUACAUUUGGCAUGAAAGCAAGAUUGAUGAACUCCAAGAAAAGAGUUCUUGGCCAUUGAGAUUCACUCUCUUGUUAUGAUGACGAAUGAACCAUACUCUCAUGCCGAAGAGUUAAUAUCAGCGUAAGGAAUAGGCGUCUGCUGAAUGGAAACAGCUACUUUUCUUGACUCCUUUCCCUUGCAAGACUACAUGACAGAGGAUUGUUUUGGAUCAGCCAAAUAUAUUUUAUGGAAAGAGCGAUCUAUUAGCCUUGAAAUACUUGUGACAACCAAUUUUUUCUUAUCAUUUACCCUGCAUAGUGUGGACAAAGUGACCGACAAUCAACUUUUCGUGAAUUGAGAUACUGAUGAUGCAUUAUGUCACAUAGACAUUCUUAAUCUCCA